AUGCCUUCUUCAGACAGAGAGGUCUCCCGCGACCGCGAACUCGUCAGACACUCACAUUCGUUCUCAUCAGACAGGAUGAUUCCCAUGUGGGAUAGUGCUGACCCGGAUCGUGCACCUCCGCCACUGCCUCUCAACCCAGGCUCGCCCACUCUCACCACCCGCCCCAACACAUCCGCAGCCAUUAUGAAGGCGGCCAAGGCGCUGGAAGAGAAGGCGCGAGAGAGUUUACCUGCGAGCUCAUACACUACUAACCCCAUGCCACAGAAGCUGCCCUCGUCCGAGCGCUCUCUGAUAAAAGGCACACAGCACAAGCGCAUGCAGUCAUUACAGCCGGGCAGCGUUCGUGACCUACGAAGCUACCUUGACAACCGCUCACCUGAGCGGCCCUUCCUCGAUACCCGGUCGCCGGAGCGGUCACCCGAACGCGAGCGACCAUCGAGCAGGGGAGGCCGACCCAUCUCAAGGGACUACGAGAGGGACUACUUUGGAAAGGAUGCCGAUGUGAGCCCUAUGCGACAGCUCACACCUACACCAGCAUCACGAUUCGAGAUCAAAGACACACCCGCCCUACGGCCUAGCCAAAGGGCAAUCUUGGGAGAGAACACACCACCAUCGGCCACCAUGCAGGCGUUGCAGAGCAUGACCAUCCCCCAACACAUGCUCGAUCCUCCAUUAUCGAACAUCACAAACCGGUCGGCACAUUCUUCGCCAGCGGCUACACCAGCGGCAGCGCCAGCAUCGGGACCCGUACACGGUCCAUCACCGCCACAGUCUUUCGAUAACAUCUCCAGCCAGCUCAUGAGCAUCAACAACAUCGUCUCCAGCCUGCAAAAAGACAUGUCGCAGUUGAGCCGGCGAAGCAAAGACAAUGCGACGGAUCUCAUCAGCCUCAAGGAAGCCACCAACACUCGCGACGAGGACAUCCGCAAGUCUCUGAAGGAUCUUCUGUCUACCAUGUCGCAAAAGCAGCAAGCUCAAGCGGCAGCUGCCAUGAAUGGAGACACCUCUCGCUCUAGCAGUCUCAACCUGCAAGAUCCUCACAUGACACCGACGAAGCAAUUCACAUUCCCGCGUAUGGCGUCCACCAGCCCCUGGACAGAUGAGCGUAUAGGUAGCCCCAACCCAUACUCUGUCGAGGGUGCCGCUAGUGUCGCAAUGCUGGAGAAGAUCAUACGCGAAAUGGUGACGAAGGAUGGUCAAGAGCGACUGGUCGCAAGUUUACAGAAGCUGGUCGACAAGGCUACUGGAGAGACUGCUAAGAAGGUUACUGAGUUGGCCGAAUUUGUCAAGCAAGGCUCAACCGGUGGUCUCUUCAAUCCCGCAGCUGCUGGCUCGGCCUCAUUCCAGCCAUCCCCCGGAUCUGGCGCCUUGACUCGAACGAUAUCGGCCGACAGCAAGGCCUAUUCCAGUCCAAAGGCUGCCGAUUUCGUGAGCGAGGAGAUGCUCAAGUUCCUCCGUAAGAUCAAGGACAGUGUCGCUGAGUCCGGAUGCGUUACGAUGGCCACCAAGUCGCUCAUCCAGGAUCUCCGUGGUGAGGUUCUAGGAAUGGGACGGGAGCUUGCGCGCAAGGUGGAGGAGGCAGAACAAGCCAGGGAGGCCGAAGCCGGAUCUGGCUCAAGCCCAUCAACCGAAGACAUCAACGCCAUCGUUCAAGAGGGUCUCGCCAAUCUCAAGGACCACAUGGACAAGGUUAUGCGUGAGCGAAGGCGGCAAUCGAUGUCAUCCGUCGUCACCCGAACCACCGUGGACAACAACGAGGUCUACGAUGUUGUCAAGCAAGCGCUUGCAGAGCGUGGUCUCGAUCAGCCAACACCUCAAGCUGCUGCAGUGGACAAGGAGUCGAUCAUUAGCGCUGUCCGAGAGGCCUUCGAUGGUGUCGAGAUGAACCCGAGCCACGAAGUGCAGCAAGUCGGAUUGGGCAGUGACGAGAUUCUUCAGUGUCUGCGCGAAGGUCUCCAAGACUUCAACGGUUCUGGUGCCGUCACCAAGGAGGAGAUUGAGACUAUGCUGCAGGAGUCACUACAGCAGAUCCAGCUACCUCCACCCGUCAACGAAGUACACGAGAUCCGCGAGGAGGUUCUGAUGGCCGUGCGCGAGUCGUUGGAAGAGUUGAAGCCGGCCCUUGCAGCCCAGCAACCGUCGACGGAUGCUUUGUCUCGGGAAGUGCUCGAGGAAGUCAUUCGCCAGGCGCUCGCGGAGCACCAACCUGGAGCAAUGGAACUCGACCUUCCUCAGGAAUCCAUAUCAGAGGCUGUCCAGACCGCUUCACAACCUCACAACGAGGCUGUCAUGCAACGUCUACAGGCGAUGCUGGAUGAGGUUCACACCGAAUUCGAAGGUGUCACCGCUGCCAACGGGCGUGACACCGAGCAAGUUCUCCAAGCCCUCCGCGAAGGACUUGACAGUCUUCGUGCCGACCUUCAGGGCUCUGUUAAUCAGCCCCGAGAGAUCACCCAGGACGGCGAGAUGAUCGACCACAUCAAAGCAGAACUCGACAAGCUACGCGAAGAUGUUCAGGGCUACGUCGCCGAAGGCCCACGUGGAGAUCAGGCUUGGAGCCGUGGCGACAUGGUUUCAUACCUCAAGUCUGAGUUUGAGAACCUCCAUGAAAAGCUCACUACUCAGUUGGCUCCCUCUGCCAACAACAACGAAGAGAUUCUUGCCGCCCUUAACGCCGGCUUCGACGAGAUGAAGUCACAGGUUGCCCUUCGAUCGGAGGAUGACACUGACUCGAACGACGACAUCAACGAAGCGAUCAAGCACGAGUUCGAUGAGCUCAAGGAAGUCUUGCUUGGUGACACGUCCAGCAACAAGAACGAUAUCCUGGAGAAGCUUCAGGCAGGCUUUGAGGGACUUCAUACUCUUAUGGGCGAGAAGCCAACUGCGACUACAUCCAAUGACGACAUGCUGGCUACUCUGAAAGAGGAGUUCGAGCAUCUCCGCGAAACAUUGGGCGGCUCACUGGUGCAGUCUGGCGGCGCAGGCGAGAAGGACGACAUCGUUGACGCUGUUCGUGAGCUCAUCGACGGUCUGCACACCUCUCAGGAGACUACGUCAAAGGACAACAUCGCACUCAUCCGUGGCGAGUUGGAGGCCUUGAAAGAGUCACUUGGCAACGCACUUGUCCCAUCUGGUGACAAUGGCAAGGCCGAGAUGUUGAUGGUUGUGAAGGCUGCGCUGGACGACAUCAAGGCCAACCUCAAGUCUGCUGGUGUCAACGAGGAGCUUCUGGAGGCUUUCCGUGGAGAGCUAGAACUUCUUCGCCAGUCUGACAAUGUGACCCGACAACACGCCCGGGCCGACACCGAGGAAGUCCUGGAAGCUCUCAAGUUGGGGCUUGAUGACCUUCAAUCGCAUCUGGACAAGAAGCUGGACACCCCCGACCGCAACAACUCCGCUACCAGCGAGAUCAUGGAUGCAAUGAACGAGGGUCUAGAUGGUCUAAGGGCGGAUGUUUCGAAGAUCGCUGAGAAGCCCAUCGAUAUGAGCAUAUCAUACGAGAUCUUGGAUACGCUCAAGGACGGUCUGAACGCGUUGCGUGACGACAUCGACAUGCUCAAGGGCGUAAGGCAAGAAUCUUACGCUGAAGAGUACGUCCCUCUUCCUCCAGCUGGCAACGAGAUCGCUCUCGCGAACGACGCUGCGGGAGAAUCGAUGUCGCGUGAGAUCGUUGAGGAAGCGACACAGGCGGAGCUACCACCAUCGCCAAAGCUACCUCCGCAAACCGCCGACUUGGCGAACAUGGAGUACAUGCUCGUUCAAAUCCAGGAGAAGGUCGAAGCGAUGGACGCCGCCAGGGCGAACCCGUUGCCGGAAUCCGAGCCUGCAGCCGCCGUGGCUGGAUCUGCCAUGAAGGAGGAUCUGGUCGGCAUCGAAGAGCUUCUGAAAGAUGUACAAGCUGCCGUUCUUCUUAUGCAAGAUCGCGAAACGCCACCGCCUACACUUGAAGGCAUCGCUAGAAAGGAAGACACCGAUGCCAUCGAGACUCUUCUUGCGAACACCAAGGCCAAGAUUGAAGAGCUCGUCCUGCCUGACCCUGCGACUGCCAUUACCAAGGAGAACCUGGAGGAUGUCGAGAUCGUUGUCCGUACAACAUCUGAGGCCUUGGAGGCACUUGCUAAGAAGUUCGAGGAGGAAGGUGCUACCAAAGCAGACGUGACAGUCAUUCAGGUCAUCGCCGACGAUAUCAAGGUUGCCCUCGACGAGAUGAAGGCUGCUAAGGCUGACGACGAGGCCAACCCUCAAGCGACCAAGGCAGAUAUCGAUGCCGUUACUCUGCUUGUGGAUGAUCUCAAGGUCAAGAUUGACGACAUGAAGAUCCCAGAUCCUGAAGAACUCCCAUCCAAGGCCGACUUGGAACAGCUCACAGGUCUGAUCCACGACUUCCGCGACAGCCACGACAAGAUGAAGGACACCUACGAGGAGGACAUCAUGAAGACCGCGACCAACUUUGAUGAACGCCGCGCUGAAGCUGCUCAACUCGUGGAGGACAUCACCGGCGUCAAGACUGCAUUGGACGAGAUGCGAGAGGAGAUCAAGACAACCCUCAUCGAAGGCGGUCCCAUCGAGGGUCUUCAGGCUUCAUUCAAGACGCUGGAAGAGACCAUUGGUGCCAACAACGUUACCGCUGACGUCAAGGAACUCAUGGAGAUUCUUACUAGAGAGUUCGAGCGCGCCCACGGAUCUAUCGAGGGACUCCAGAAUGACCAAGCGGAGAAGUCUGCGCUUCACCUCGAGAAGCACGACGAAGUCAAAGCCGCGAUCAUCGCGGGCUUCACGGAAAGCCUAGAGGACAAGUUCAACACUCUCAUGGCCAAGUACGAUGAUGCUCAACUCUUGGCGGACGAACUUGCCAAGGUCAUGAAGGAGAAGUCCGAGGAACAAGAGAAGAUCCUCGAAAGCAACAGGGCAACGGCUGACGAGCUUCGUCUGACCAUCGACACUCUGGGUGCCACCAUUGCUGGAAUGAACGACCGAAUGGAAGGCACCACCACCCAAUGGUCAACUGACUCUGCUUCUAUGAUUGGCAAGGUAGAGGAGACACUCGCCAAGUACGAAGAGCAGAAGCUUGCGAUGAUGGAGAAGCUUGAGGAGCAGAAGCUUGAGACUAUCGCCAAGCUUGAAGAGCAGAAGAACGACACCAUUGCCAAGUUUGAAGAACAGAAGCUCGACGACAAGACGGAGCAUUCUCACACCCGUGACGAGAUCAAGAACGUCGAGAACAUCUUCACCAACCUCCAGGAUAACAUUACGGAGUACCAUCCCAAGUUCAUGGUUGCCUUGCACGAGAUCGAAGCUCUUGUCAAGGCUCACUAUGAGCACGCACAGAAGACCAAGGAGGAGGCAGACGAGAAUGUCCGUGCUUGGAACGAGGAAGCCAAGGCCCGUUCUGAAGAGUUGCAGACGCACUUUGCCAAUUUGCCCAAACUACUCCCAGCUCCUACACCAUCUAUCGAGCUUCCCGAGAAGUACGACGAUGCACCCGUGCAAGAGAAGCUCGACAAGCUGCUUGCGAUCGAGCCGGCGCCGAGCUACGAUGAUGGCGCGGUACACGAGAAGCUUGACAAGCUCAUUGGUCAUGCCGAUGAAGCAGGUAAAGCAGCGGGCAACUUGGAGAAGCUGGACGAGAUUCAUGCUCAAGUCAAGAAGACUGCUGUAGAGCUGAGUGACUUCGUCGCCAAGCAGACGCAGUUCAUCACCGACGGCAACGAGUCCAAGGAACGCGAAGCUGAGGAGCUGGCUCUGCUCAUUGAGCGCAGGACAACCCAGAAGGAGCAGCUGGAAGUCGACUUGGAAAGCCUGCGAGCUGAGAAGGCUACCCAGAAGGAACAGCUCUUCGCAGACAUCCAGGAGAUGAAGGCCGAAAAGGAGCGCGUCGUACAAGAGCUCAAGGAAGAGAAGGAGCGUGUCAUGGCCGAACUGCAAGAAGAGAAGGAUCGCACUAUGGCUGAGCUCAAGGAGGAGAAAGAUUCGCUUCUUGCUGCUGUCGCCAGUUUGCAAGCGGAGCGCGAGAAUCUUGCCAACCAGAAGGUUCGCCUUACUGGUGAGGUUUCGUCUCUGCACACCGCGCUUGACAUUCGACGAGAGGAGCUGCACUUCAUGGACACCAAGGCUGAUGCACUCGAGCGUCGCAUCCUGAACGGCAUCAUGGACCACUCACGUGCUCUAAUGAUGACCAAGGGCGGGUCGAAGAACACUUCGAAACUCAAGAAGCGCAUGAACGCAGACGCUGCCAAUGAAGACACCAGGGCCAUGCCACCUCCCAGCACCGCAGCGAAUGGUCUUUCUCUUGCGCUCAAGCCCCGCCCUGCUAUACGUCGCAACGGUGCACCUGCCAAUCCAGCACAACGCCGCAUCCUGUCUCUUAGUCAGAUCAGCGGCAACGCCCCUACUGGAGCUCAAGCUUACCCGACAACUAAAGCUUCGGCUGACAACAAUGCCGGACUGAAGCGCAGCCACUCUGUCAAGACCAGCAACUACUCUCGCAAGGGCUCUUGGGGCGGUCGCCCUAGCGCCGUCAUUGCCAAUAAGGAGAACGAUGUUCUGCCCGAGGAAGACGAGCACGAGACGGCCCCGAUUUCUCACGAAAUCAUCGAGGAGGAUGCACAGAGCGAGACUGGCACUGAGCGUCGCUACAGCCUCGACAGCCGCGACUAUGCUGAGGGUGAGACGCCAGGCUAUGACGGUCGCUCCAGCUUUGGCGGCACAGGCAGCGAGUACACAUACGCCUCCGGUUCCUCGUACAUGACCGGUAGCGAUAUCGACCGCCGCACCUCGUAUGGUGCUCAGUCAGCUCGCUCUGCUGCUCCCGGUGAAGAGCGUAUCGAUGAGGAAGGCUCUGUAUACUCCGAUGACGAAGAAGACGACGAGCCCACUGCCACUAUCAACCCAUCCGACAUCACUGGCUCCGAGAUCUCAACAGCCACUACCGAGAACGACGUCGAGCUGCCAACACAGUCGGAAAUUGUCCGUGCUGUCGACGCUGUGAAGGAAGAGAUGAAGGAGAACUAUGCCCCACCCAGCGACUCGGGUGUUGGUACUGAUCUGCCUACUGCUGCCUUCAACGAGUCCGAAAUGGACGCCGAUUACUUCCGGCGUGCGGCUGAGGAAGAGGCGAGCACUGUCGGCUAG